GAGAUGGUCAGAAGAGUGGCAAGAGUGGAGGAGACGCUUCACCAUGGAAUAUGAAGUCAAGAAAGGGAAAAAGGGCUUUGUAUCCCCCAUCCGGAGGCUGGUGUUCCCCAAGGCUGGGCGCCGAGCUGCCUUUCGGACCAGUGUGAGUCGCCGGCCCCUGCACUCGAUGCCCCUUUUCCCCCCUGACUACCUCAUCGACCCUCAGAUUCUGCUGUGUGACUAUCUGGAGAAAGAGGUCAAGUUCCUGGGCCACCUCACCUGGGUUACCUCCUCACUGAACCCCUCCAGCCGCGACGAGCUCCUGCAGCUGCUGGACACGGCCAGGCAGUUGAAGGAGCUGCCGCUGAAGACCACAGCGGAGCAGGACAGCAUCCUGAGCCUGUCGGCCCGCUGCCUGCUGCUCACCUGGCGCGACAAUGAGGAGCUAAUCUUGCGUAUCCCCACGCACGAGAUCGCCGCCGCCUCCUACCUGCAGGACGACGCGCUGCACCUGCUGGUGCUUAAGACCGGUCUGGGCGUGGACCCGGUGCCAGCCGGCGUAGACGCCAGCCCCGGCGGCGCAGGGCGCGACCCGGGCCCGCCGGGCGCGGCGCCCGAGAAGCGGCGGGGGGGCACCACGGAGCGGCGCCACACCAUCUGCAGCCUGGACUGGCGGAUGGCGUGGGGCGGGGGCGCGGGCGCAGAGGCCCGGGCCGGGGGCAGCGGCGGCGGCAGCCUGGAGCGCCAGCGCGCCGGGGCGCGGGCGUCGGGCAGCUGGGAGCGGCGGCAGACGUUCAGCGGCAGCUGGGAGCGGAGGCACACCGGCGGCGGCGGCGGCGGCGCGGGCAAGCCGGGCGGCAGCUGGGAGCGGAGGCAGGCGGGCGGCGGCGGCGGCGGAAGCUGGGAGCGGCGCCACCCGGGCUCCAACCCGCUCGACCCGCAGGACCCCAGCCCCGACGCCUACUGCAAUCUUGUCAUCCUGGCUGUGGCCAACAGGGAUGCUGCCGAGGAGUCCUGUGCUCUCAUCUGUCAGGUCUUCCAGAUCAUCUACGGGGACCAGAGCAUUGAGUGCGUGGACCGGGCUGGCUACCACUACACGUCCACACCCGAGCGGCCGUGGCUCUGCAGCCGCACAAUGGCUCCCAGGAUACAUUUGAAGCGUGUUAUAGUGGCACAUCCACACCCUCCUUCCAUGGCUCCCACUGCAGCGGCAGUGACCACAGCGGCCUGGGCCUCGAGCAGUUGCAAGAUUACAUGGUCACGUUGCGGAGUAAACUGGGGCCCCCUGAGAUCCAGCAAUUUGCGGUGCUGCUGCGGGAGUACCGGCUGGGGCUGCCCAUCCAGGACUACUGCGCAGGUCUGCUGAAGCUCUAUGGAGACCGGCGCAAGUUCCUCCUCCUUGGGAUGCGGCCCUUCAUCCCGGACCAGGACAUCGGCUACUUCGAGGGCUUCCUGGAGGGGGUGGGCAUCCGCGAGGGCGGCAUCCUCACCGACAGCUUCGGGCGCAUCAAGCGCAGCAUGAGCUCCACGUCGGCGUCGGCGGUGCGCAGCUACGACGGCGCGGCCCAGCGGCCCGAGGCGCAGGCCUUCCACCGGCUGCUGGCCGACAUCACGCACGACAUCGAGGCACUGGCCCCCGACGACGAAAGCACAGACGAGGAGGCCCGGGACUCCCCCAGCGGGGGCGACGCGGCUGAGGACAACUACCUGUAGCCAGAGCCCAUGCGGACGGUGGGGACACACCUGCACUCCCGCCUGUGGGAUCCCGGGCCCUGGGACCCCCCCUCGCACCGGACGCGGGGCCUCCACUCCCCGGGGUGUCCGUCCCUGCCCUCGGGGCUCCAGUCCCUGCAAUACCGAGAAUGUCCUGCAGGGGGCGGGACCCUAAAGUCCUGGGCAGUCGCCUGGGGCUCAGCAGGCCCUUCUGCCAGACCCGGUUGGGCAGCGCCCUGCUUUGUCCCACUCACCCCAGGCGCGGCCCCGGGACAACUCCUCUUUCCCGCGACUCCCACAGCUUUCUGGAGGCCAAGGGAGGGAUGACGGGUGGGCUCCACCUGCUGGCAGACUGAGAAAAGAAUUCCCAGAGCCCACAGAGCUGUUCCUCCUGUUUCACACUUUGAGAAACUGAGGUUCAAAGAAGGGGAAGAAACUUGAGGGAAUCUCCUAUUUCUCCUUAGAUAUGACCUCAAACUAACCACACUAAAUAGCGUCAAGGGUCUUUUUUAGGGCUCUAAAUGGCAGGGUCGCCCCUUCCCUGAUGGCAGGAAUUGGAUCAUCAGUGUGAAAUGGAGGUUUUUCUCUACUGGCACUUAAGUCAGAAAUAGGUG